CGGCUGGGAGGGUCCGUCCGUCUGCCUGCCUUCCUGCCUGCUGCCCGUGGCUCUCCCGCGAUGCUGGCCUCGGCGCCUGCAAGAUCCGCCCCGUUCCACGCCGCCUCCGUCGCCCCUCCCGCCGCUGCUGCUCACCAGAAGCCUUGCUGCGGCCACGGCAAAGACACGAAAAUGGCUGUCCCCCCUGCUUAUGCUGACCUAGGAAAAUCUGCUAGGGACAUCUUCACCAAGGGAUAUGGAUUUGGCUUAGUAAAGUUGGAUUUGAAAACAAAAUCUGAAAAUGGACUGGAAUUUACAAGCUCAGGUUCAGCAAAUACAGAAACAACCAAAGUUUCUGGAAGUUUGGAAACCAAGUACAGGUGGACAGAAUAUGGCUUGACAUUCACAGAGAAGUGGAACACAGACAACACACUAGGCACCGAGAUAACUUUAGAAGAUCAGCUUGCACAUGGACUGAAGCUGACCUUUGACUCCUCAUUCUCUCCUAACACUGGGAAGAAGAAUGCUAAAGUCAAGUCUGGAUACAAGCGGGAACAUAUCAACUUGGGCUGUGACAUGGAUUUUGACAUUGCUGGUCCUUCAAUACGUGGUGCCUUUGUCUUUGGCUAUGAAGGUUGGCUGGCUGGUUACCAAAUGACUUUUGAGACUGCUAAGUCCAGAAUAACUCAGAGCAAUUUUGCUGUUGGUUACAAGACCGAUGAAUUUCAGCUUCACACCAAUGUGAAUGAUGGCACAGAAUUUGGAGGUUCCAUUUAUCAGAAGGUGAAUAAUAAACUGGAAACUGCCGUCAAUCUUGCUUGGACAGCUGGAAAUAGCAACACCCGCUUUGGAAUAGCUGCCAAAUAUCAAAUUGACCCAGAUGCGUCUUUCUCUGCUAAAGUGAAUAAUUCCAGUCUGAUUGGUUUAGGAUAUACUCAGACUCUGAAGCCAGGUAUUAAAUUGACACUGUCGGCUUUGUUGGAUGGGAAGAAUGUCAACGCAGGUGGCCACAAACUAGGUCUAGGACUGGAAUUCGAAGCAUAAAAGAAGGAAUUGUACCACCAUUAUUUCUGGUGAUUAAUUCUGAAAUACUAUACAGCAUAGCUACCUUCCGAAUUUAGUGUACUUUUCAAUGUUUUAUGUCUGGGAUGCAAUUAUUGCCAUGUGUCAGUCAUGUUGAACCUGGUUAAAGAAGGCUAAGCUUCAAAGUGCGUGUGUUCAGAGAAGGCCGGUGAUGCUUUCCCCCCUCCAGUUCCAGGGCUUUUGGGGGGGGGGGGAUGUUGCUUAUUAGAACGCCAUACUUACCAGCUAUUAAUACGAAGGUCUGAUUUGUUUGGAAUUCAUGCUAUGAGAAUGCCAAUCUAUCCAAGUGCUUGGGAAGCUCCUUUUCCUGUCACUUGAAUUAGCCGGCUUUCAUUCUGUGAUGGAGUGUUCAAAUUUGUCUGAUAAGGGGCUGCUCAGGCAGAUGGCAUCAUACAUGUUUAAGUCUUACUUAGUUCUCCCUCCUACACCUUCAGCUCUCUUCCUACACCAACAGCUUGUCCUUGGAGUGCUUUAGAGUGUUCACUUCGUAUAACUUUGGCGUGUAGAAAGUUUGAUGUGACUCAGCCAAUACCACUUAAAAAUCACAUCCUGUGUUGUGGUUCUUUCCAUUGCACUCAUUCUGGAAAAGCUUGUACAAGAAGAGCCAUAAGCAGGGAAGUCUUUUGUAACUGUAAUCACCUAGUGACGUUGCAUUAAACAAGAUGGACUUUGUUUUUAUCUCUUCUUCUCUCUCUUUUUAGAAGUUUAAUGGUUACAUCUUCAGUCUUCCAUCUUUUUUUGUGUGUGGCAUUAGACCCCAAAAUGCUGUACUGGACACCACUUAAAAUGAAACAAACAAGCAAACCCAACUUGAAUAAAACAUUGAAACUUCA